CCUGAUUAUUCCGUCCUACGCAAACAGCCAUUCGUGGAAAGAAAGGGCCAGCCCUGCCUUGUUCUGCCUACAUUUUGUACUGGCCUUAUUUUUUUCCCUUCUUAAGCAAUGCAGAAUGAGUGAUCAAAAGGAGGAAAGUAUGGCCACCCUAACUGAAGGAGGGAAACCUGGUGAAUAUUUGCAAAUCAAAACAUCAGGCUCACAGGACACCCAGCCCUCUCCUCUCGCCCUCCUCGCAGCCACUUGCAGCAAGAUCGGAUCCCCGGGGCCGGCGGACGGUGCAGCUGCCUCCAGCACAGUCCAGGGCGGGCAGCUUGUCCUGGACCAGAGCUCGGGAGCGGUCCAGCAGCAGCAGCAACAACUGGAGCUCGUCACCGCUCAGCUCUCGGGAAACGGCUGGCAGAUUAUCGCCGCCGGCCCUGCCACAACGAAAGAAGGCGCGGCUCAGCAGCAAGGGGCGUCGGCAGCUCCCAGCAGCAGCAACAACAACAGCAACGGUACAAGUGGGCAGGAUGGCACAGCAGGAUCCCCCAGCAAAGCCAGGCCCAUCGUCUCGGCGGCCGGUCAGUACAACGUGGUGCCGGUGCAGAGUCUCACGAACCCGACCAUGGUGGUCAGCGCGGCGGGGGCCGGGGCUUCGGGCGCUGCUCUCCAGUACCAGGUCAUCCCGCAGCUGCAGACAGUGGACGGGCAGCAGCUCCAGUUCAGCUCGGCCGGCCUGCAGCCGGACUUGCACCGGCAGAUCCAGAUCGUGUCGGCGGGAGGCGGCCAAGCUAUCCUCGCCCCGCUGAGCCGGAGUAGCACCGCCGGCAAUGCGGCGCCCCAGAACAGCUCCCCGCAGAGCACCACCGUCCCCAUCCAGAUCCGGCCCGGCCUGUCCAUACCGCUGCAGCUCCAGGGAGUUAACAUUUCCGGCGCUCAGACUCAAAUGGUCGCCACCUUGCCGAUCAACAUAGGAGGCGGCGUGACUUUGGCCGUACCCAUAAACAGCAUGGCGGCGGCGGGCAGCACCGGAGGAGGAUCCAUUCAAUUUGUCCAGCCUUCAGACGGCGGGGUCUCGAAUGGGAGUCAGGUCGUUUCCACGCCCAUCUCCUCCAGCGCCUCUCUGAACAACACGCCCGAGUCUCCACCUCUCGCCACGACAGCUGCCUCCACAUCCACCUGCGUUACCAGCGCCUCCCCGGCCCUCUCCUGCAGCGCUUCCCUGGUCAACUCCUCCGACACUGCUCAGUCCGUCUUCAGCAACGCGUCCAGCUCCGAAAACGCCGAGGAGGAGUCGGCCCCCGUCGCGCCCGCCUCCGAAGCAGAAGGCACCAACAUCGCUCAGGCCAACGGCCUGCAGAGCUUGCAGGAACAGGGGCAGCUCCAGCAGGUGCAGCUGGCUGUUGGGCAGCAGCUGCCGUCUCCCCUCCAGCAGCAGAUCAUUCAGACAAUUCCCCACCAUGCUGUUCAAACCAUCCAAGGUGCUGCAGUUCAAGGCCAGACUGUACAGACUGUCCAGCAACAGGCCUUGCAGAACGUUCAGCUGUCAACAUUGCAGAAUCCAACUCAGGUGAUCAUCAGGGCACCAAGUUUGACACCAUCUGGGCAAAUAAACUGGCAAACCAUACAAGUGCAGAACAUCCAGAGUCUUUCAAAUGUGCAGCUCCAGAAUGCUCAGCAACUAACUGUGACUCCAGUGUCCUCAAGUAACUCUGGUGAAACUGCUAUUGCCCAAAUUACCCCUGUAACUGUUACUGGCGGUACCAUUAAUUUAAGUGCUGCCCAACUUGCAUCAGUUCCUAGCCUCCAGACAGUCAACAUUGGCAGUUUGAGUUCAGGAGGACUCCAGGUGCAAGGAAUACCAGUGGCCAUCGCCAAUCUAGCAGGUCAACACCAGACCCAGGAUGGCGGAGAUACAAAAUGGCAUCUGAAAGUACAGCCUGCAACUGUAACUCCAGUUACAGUAGCUGUUGGCAGCAUUGCUAAUGCUGCACUGGGCACUGUUAGCCCUAACAGCAUCACCCAAGUACAGCUCCAAACAGCUAGUGAGCAGGAUGUCCAGCCUGGCAAAAGGCUAAGAAGAGUUGCCUGCUCAUGCCCUAACUGCAGGGACGGAGAAGGGAGGGGCCCAUCUGAACCAGGGAAGAAGAAACAGCACAUUUGCCACAUGGAGGGUUGUGGAAAAGUCUAUGGGAAAACUUCCCACUUACGGGCACAUCUUCGCUGGCACACUGGUGAGAGACCAUUUGUGUGCAACUGGCUGUUCUGUGGCAAACGUUUCACACGGAGUGAUGAAUUGCAGAGGCAUAGAAGAACUCAUACAGGUGAAAAGAAGUUUUCCUGCCCAGAGUGCUCGAAGCGGUUUAUGCGAAGUGAUCAUCUUUCAAAACAUGUUAAAACCCACCAGAACAAGAAAGGUGCUGCUGUUGUCCAAAGCGUUGGGAGUGCCUCACCAGACAUGGAGGCAUCUGUGGCAGAGGUUCUUGUCUCUCCCAGAAUAGUUGCCAUAACCACCGCUCCCCAAGAUUCCAGCCCACCAAUGCCAGCUAUGGCAAAUAGCAUAGAUGAAUACUGAUAUCUUUAACAUGCAGCAGUCCAGAUUCAGCACUUAUCAGUUUAUUUCAAAGAAGUAGAAACAAUAUUAAAAAUCUAGAAGAGCGUGGGGCGGGGGUGGGGAAACAACUCCUAGAUUGCAAUUCGUAACCUGUUGUAUAGAUUUGGAUCUAACAUUUUAACUGAACCAAGUAGCAAUAUGCAAAAUAGCUAUCCAGCACCUGCCAUUUAUAAAUUUAUUGAGUAUUGUAAUUUAAGCAAUCAGUUUACCACUGUUUAUUAAAAAUGCCAUUAUUAGGAUAAUCCCUCUUGUAAACAAAAUUGCUUGUUUGGCACUAUCCAAACUAAGUCUUUCAGUGAUACUUCCUUUAGUUUUUAAUUGUACAAUCUUAAUAAACAGACUCCUAUUAAUUAUAGGGAGCUCUUUACAGAAAAUUCCACUUAAAAACAAUAAGGUUCUCAGUAAGCUUGCAUUCUACCACAAUCUUGGGCAGAUUGUAUCUAUUGGUCAUAGUGUAAUAACCACAUUGAUUAUUCUAGGAUUACUGAUCUUUUAAAAAAAAAAUCAGUUUCUCAACUCUCCAUCUUCUCCAGAGUGGAUGACAAUCGAAAUUUUAAAAUAAUUCUAUAUGCUAGAAUCAUUCUCUUUAACAAGUAACCAAAUUACAAAGAAUAUAUCUGAAAUAAGUGGAUCCAGAUACAUUGGUAAGCAGCUGCAAUAAUGUAGAGCGGCUUAAGGGGAUCCUAUUUGAUUCAACCUCUCUGUAAGGAGGAUGAUUUUAUUCCAAGUUUUAUUUACAUGUGGAAUAGAUCUCAAUUUGUAGUUAACAUUUAAUUGUGAUGAACGUUUUCGUAGAAAUCUGAUGUCUGCAGCUGUUUAGUUAUUGGAAUAGUUUAAAUGUUGAAGAUGUCAGCUAGGGGGAAAUUGUGGAUACAUGGUGGCAAUUGCAACUCCCCUGGAUGUCUAAGAAAGAAAACUACUUCUAAUUUUCUUUUCUUGUGUAAAAUAUUUGUUUUACAAAUUUUUUCAAUUAAACUUGUGCAUGCUUUUUUUUUUACUCCUAUACUAUUUUUUUCUCACCCAACUGUCAUUGUUUAGGCAGAGUUUUGUUGAUUUCUUAAAAUAUUUUCAUGGACCAGUUAACUGUUGUUAGCCCUGUGAGAGGGGGUUAAUUUUGUUUAAACUUUACAUAUUUGGCUUUUAUAUGUGCACGUGUAUGUUUGUGUCUUUUUUUUUUGCUACUUAGCUCCAUCUUUUAGAAAUCAUAAAUUUAUAUGCAGUCUGCUUUUCACAAAGCUAUCCUUGCUAGGGCCUUCUGGAGAUAGGCUAGGCACUGCUUUGAUUUAGUGUCUCAGUAAAUCUCUUCUUGGAGACUCUGUGCUCAUUCCUUUUUGUAUAAAUAUGUUUAUACCACCAACUUAUCCGUGUAUUUUGUUGGUCUUGAUCUUUGGUACAGCUAUAUGAAAUUAUGAUAUAUGUAUAGUUCUAUGAAUGGUCAGUGUUGCCAUUAGUGAUACUUGCAGUUUUCCCCCCAGUGAGUUAGUGUCUGUUGCAAGUGGACAUGGCUGUAGAAAAUUACAGUUCUGAAAUUUGCAUCUUGAUUUAUUAUUUAUCACAAGUAUUAUUUACUUGCUUAUUGUGUGCAAGGCCAGGAAUGAAGGAGUAUUUGUAGGUGCAAGUAAACUUGUCCUUUUUGGGAAGCAGUAAAAUAUAAAAUUAUAUAUAUAGAUUUUCAUCAAUAUAGUCAUUAACUACCGUAUUGUGAUUAUGCAGUUUGUUUCUGGCCUUGCAAAUGUACUUUUGCUUUAACUUAUGUCUGCUUCCAUUUGUGGUUAUAAUCAUGCAUGUAAUGAUUAAAAAUAAAUAAUUGCCCAUCAAACUAAAUUCUAACUUACAGAUGUUUAAGAGUAAAAAGUACACAAUUAAUAUGUGUAAAAAUAUUAAGAGGGAAUAUUGUUGAUGGUAGUAUUUAGGGAAAAAUAAAUUUUGGUUUUGAAUAUCAGACUUUCUACAACAAAAUUAUUAACCUGAAUAUUUUGUUACAAUAAUUCACUUGUAAAUCUUUUUUUAAAAUGUGUUUUCCUGGCAUCAUAAACUUUUAAUAAUGGAUUCUGCCAGAAUGGCCUUAAAGGCACGAUUUGUUCACAUUUUUAUAAUGCAAAUUUGUAUAAAAGAGUGCAUUUUGUGGUGAAGAAGUGUUUUUUCACCUGCAGCAGAAAACUGAACUUGUCCAUUAAAAUAUCCUUUAAGUUGA